AUGAUCAAUCGAACGACAAUAAACUUUGAAAACAACCAUCAUCUGGUCAAACCGGAACUUGGGAUCUCACAGCGGGCUCUCCUGGUCGUCUCCGAUUCCAUCGAUUGCCAAAUUCGGGCGUGGCAUUCUGGGAAGCUUUUCAAACCAACCUAUCGUAAAAACAUCACGAAUUUUGUAUUCGUUGGCGCUUUUGUGUCGGCAUGCGUUUGCGUAGGAGCUCAAUCGGUUUUUCCGGAUGCAGGUUUUCAUUCAAACUAUCUAAAACUCCAUCCUCUCAAAAAGCACACUUCAAGAGAAGACGAAAUGUACGACUUGGAACGCUUUCAGGAUCCCAAGCACCCACUGGAUAGGAUCAUCCAACCUCAGCAACAACCUACCCAAAGUUUCUUUUGUCCGGCACGUUUCCUGCGGUUUUUUGGCUUGGUUGAGCCUUCUAAUACCGACUCGCAUCAACCACAUUCCAGGCAACGUAGAUGGAUCCAGGAAGAAAGCCGCUAG